AUGAGCAGCUUCACUGUUGGAUGUCGUGUCCGUGUGCUUCGCGGGCGACACUUCGCAGAUUUCGAAGAAGGUGACGAGGGCACAGUCUUGGAGAUAAAUGCGGAAUGCCGCAAUUGCACUGUGGUCUUUGACCGCAGCCAGGCCAGAAUCAAGGUUGCUCUGAAGCACCUUCGGCUGAUAUCGCAGCGGGCUGAAGGACGCAGUGGCGCCCCAUAUGCUGAUGGUGUCGACACAAGCUCACCCACGGCACUUGCUACGAAGAUGGCGCAGGAAAUGCGGCUGGCAGACGCAGCGAGUGUGAAGGCACUGGAAGCUCAAGCCGAGGACCUUCGCUCACGCCUCGCAGCAGCGUUGCAUCGCGCAGAUGCAUCAGAG